AUGUUUGAUUGCGCGGUAGCAAUCAGUGCCACAGAUGGAGCGCGCGAGGAUAUUGGCGAAGCGCUGCUCACAGGUCAGAAUCGAGCCUUCGUUUUAUCCAUAGUGAACCGAGUGCUGGAGCAAAGUCCCACAGAGGCAUUGGAUGAGCAGCAGGCGUUGUUGGUAAUAAAUCUUGCAACACAAGAAAUGACGCUGUCCAAGGAAGCGGAUGAUGAUUGGCCGCAAGCAGCUUGCAAUGUUUUGGUUACAUUGUCGAAGAAAAGUCGCUUUGUUGGGCAUGUUAUGGAUGCAUUACUGCAGAAGUUUCCACCUGGGCAAACUUCCGUGCCACAUCGAUUUGUCGUUUUGGCACUUGCGAAUGUUGCUGAACACAAUGCUGUUGGCUUUGUACCUUUUUUGACGGAUGUUCUAUCACGUGCGGUUCCGGUUUUGCCGUACGUGAAAACGGAUCCACAUCGAUAUGCAUGGGCUCACGCUCUGCGUGCAUUUUGUGAAUCAGUCUGCGAAUAUGUCUCCGCUUCAGCCGUCACAAAAGCGGAAGAUGGCAGUGAUACGGCUGCACAGGGAGAUGUGAAGCAGACAUAUUCAGGGCCAGAGAUUGUUCAGCAAAAUUACGCGGAUCAGAUGGAGCUAGCAUAUGAUCCUGUCUUCAGUUGGUUAAGUGCAAAGGAUUUGAAGGUUCGUGCAGAAGCAGCUAACUGCAUUGGAGAACUGUGCUUGAUGAUUCCGCCAAAACGAGUAGUGGAUGAACUCAGGAGGCUAGUGCCAGCACUGCUUGGUUUACAUCGUAAAAUUAUCAGUGAUCAGCACCUCGUUACACAGGUAAUUCUUUUUAUCAAGAAAAAAAAAUCCAUUUCUGCCUUUUCCUUAACUAAUUUACACACUGUCGCUUCGAAUGUAUCAAUGCGUAAUCAGAGUGAAGCAUUUCGCUGCUUCCACGUUGCUGCGACACGUUUUGCCGACAAAAUUGUAUAUUAUUUGUUGCACAAAAUGCAGAGUGUGCAGGAUAGUUUCAAAUUGGGCGCUAUCAAUGUACUCAGGCAUCUGCUUAAUUCAGCAGGGCCAUAUAUCGACGACAAACGGUCACUGGUGAUUCUUGGCUUGAAGCCGAUGUUGCAAGCUGGUAGUGAGGGCACUCUGAGCAUUCGAGUGAAAAAAGCUAUGUGCCAGCUAUGCGUUGCGCUAGCAGAUCAUGAGUACGUUGACGUAGAAGGUGGCGACAAUGUUAUCACAUUUUUGGUGAAAAAUCUCGUUGCACAUGAUCCGGAAUCGGCAAAGAAAGCAUUCUUUUCAUCGAGCACCGAGGCCAACGACAGUGCAGCACACCUUCGAACACAGUGUGGGCAAGCACUGCAGACUAUUGCCAAGACUUGCUCUACUGCUCAUAAUCUUCUAUGGCCGUAUUUGUUCGAAUGUAUUUGUGCACAGGAAUAUAACAUGGCACUGACUGACAUUUUCAAAUGCAUCAGAAUCCUGGCCGAACGAACGAUUGAAAAAGGCGAAGAGCUGGAUUUUGAGAAAGGAUUUGAUAGUCCUCGUGUUGCGGGGAGUUUCCAAGUAUUUUCUCGCCUUCUCACGUCCAUGAAUAAUGCACCAACGAGUCUGGCACUGUCGAGAAGAGCUGCUGAAGCACUGCGAUUGUUGACUCGUGUUGCGGGGAGUUUCCAAGUGUUUUCUCGCCUUCUCACUUCCAUGAAUAAUGCACCAACGAGCCUGGCGUUGUCGAGAAGAGCUGCUGAAGCACUGCGAUUGUUGAACCUCUCACCUCCAGGACUGGUGAGUAGUGGCUGCAGCAAUGGCAUCGGAGAGCUUCGUCUGGCGCGUGUCGCACGCUGGCAUGCGCACGUACUCGACCUGUUGCACAUUUGUGUGGAAAAUGUUAAUGAUGGUGAGUGGCGAUGUGCGCUUGCCGCUGCAAUGGGAAAACAGUUAAAUUUAUAUGGCGAUGCGCCCGACGAUAAGGCGUUUUUGAUGCGAUGUCUCGGCGGUGCGUUAUCACUGACAACAAACACAAGUUUCGUUGUGGACCAUCUUGUGCUGCUAUUCCGUUGCACUUCGCAUGCGCAACAGGCUGAACGCACCGGUUGUGCUCAGGCCAUUGGCUUUUGUGCCAGCACUCAUACCGACUUGGUUCUCACUGAACUGGAAAAUAUCGCAAAGUGGGAAAAUUUGAAAAAAAGUUCCGGAUUGUUCGGUUUCAUCAAGGCUAGUCUUGAUUUUUCAUGUUUUCUAUUUAGCGGCAAUUUGAUGGUCAAUAUGGUGCAGAACAGCUUCCUGUCUGAUGCUAUGCCAUAUAAGCAAUAUACUGAUCAGGAAAUGGUCAGUCUACGUGCAACAAUUAUGCUCAGUUAUGGUUACGUGGUGUAUUAUUGCCCGACAGACGUCGUGACACAAAGGCUCGAGCAAACUGUGCUUGUUUUCUUGCGGCGCUAUAUGGAAAAUCCAAGGCAGGAAACCGUGGUUCGAGAAGCAUUGCUGGAAACAAUAUAUCUAAUCGCAGUGAGUGUGCAUCCGAAGCAUCUCAUAACCGAAUACCACUUAGAAGCUCGUAGUGAACUGCUUAACCAUAUACGGAACUACAUUGAGUGCGAAUUGCCAGAAACGCUGUCGAAUUCUGUGAGGUUGCUUGCUGGCAAAGCUGUUGCUGCACUUCCGGUGAUGGCCGAUGACGAUAUCUGGCAAAUCGGAUACGUUUUAACAAAUUACACCUUCCCGCUGUGUCGCGAACGAAGCGGCCUAAAGUCGAUUGAGGACGAUGAAAGUUCGACGAUGAUGGAAGCCACCAUCAAUCAGUAUCACGCUGCACUUGAACAGAUAAUCAAAAAGAAUGCUGUUGUUGGAACUGUAACACAGUUGCUGAAGGUAUAUUUAGCUUAA